GUCUUGGUUCGUCGUCGUCCACCUCUCCCUCUCUCUCUCUCUCUCUCUGCUCUCUCUCGUCUCACCAUCACAGCGGCCAGCUCAGCUGGAACUAGUAGCCAAGCCAAGAAAGUUCCGACGUGCCGAUCGAUCCGCACGUGUGCGCGCACGCCGAUCGCCCGGCUAGCUCGCCGCCAUUGCUAAUUAUAUUCUGCAUCGAUCGACCACUUGUGUAAUGCCGGAGGGAGAUCAGGUGUCGUCGUCGUCGUCCAGGUCCAGCCAGGCGUCGUCCGGGGGAACGUCGUCCUCGCCGCCUUGGUCUCCGGCCGGGAAGAAGGCGGGGGCGGCGGAGAAGCGGGCGCGGGCGCGGGAGACGACGACGGACCCGCCGUCGUCGUACCGCGGCGUCCGGAUGCGGGCGUGGGGGAAGUGGGUGUCGGAGAUCCGCGAGCCGCGCAAGAAGUCGCGCAUCUGGCUGGGCACGUUCCCGACCCCGGAGAUGGCGGCGCGCGCGCACGACGCCGCCGCGCUGGUGGUCAAGGGCCCCGCCGCCGUGCUCAACUUCCCGGACAUGGCCGCGGCGCUCCCGCGGCCGGCCUCCGCCUCGCCGCGCGACGUGCAGGCCGCGGCGGCGCGCGCCGCGGCCAUGGAGAUGGAGCCCGCUGCGGCCCUGCAUGAGCCGCCGGACGGGCCCGCGGACGAAGCCGCCGCAUUGCAGAUGCAGCCCGCCGCCGCUGCUCCGCCAGCGGGCGGGCAGCAGCAGGACGAGGAGCUGGAGGCGAUCGUGGAGCUGCCGCGGCUGGACGAGGACUGCGCCGUGGCCACGCUCGGCGCCACGCCCUGCUUGUCGUCGUCGUUCCACGACGUGCUGGCGCCGGCGCCGUGGUGGGUCGACGACGCCGCAGGAUAUGUAGCUGCGGCGCACGACGUCGACCUGUUUGGUCUGGACGGCGAUCACGGAUGGGCGCAAUCGGUUGGUGCCCUCCUGUGGAACUUGUGAUUACUUUGCUGCUGCUCGUGCUCGAUGGUCUCUGCGUUCUUAGCAAUAACAACAACGAUGACGACGACGACGACUACUACUACUCUGUGUAAUUAACUCCUGAUAAAUGCUAAUCUCCUCUCCUUUCUGAGCGGUCUUCUGCAGAAUAUAAUGUGGAGGUAGAGAUACAGUUGCAACAUGGUAGAGAGAGAGAGAGAGAGUUUAGUUUUCGUUACUAUAGCUCAACAAAACUGGAAAGGAAAAAAGGGUUGCAAGUUGGCGGCGGCCGCUGUGGUACGGCUGAUUAGUGGUGUCCGUCGUCUCUCUUUCCGGCGUACGGUCUUUUCGUUGCCUUUCUGGUCGGAUUUGGACGCUUGUCUUGUGAAUUUGUCUGUAUUUCUUCUCCUUUUUCUUCCUUUUUCUCUCCAAAGGGCGCUGCUAGCUAUUAUCUUGGCCUGCCUGAUCAGUAAGUAGUAAAUGAAAAUGUAGAUGCCUGAAAUUAAUGCAUCA